GCCGCCCCUCCGCGCGCGCAGAAAAAUCACCAUGGCUUCUUCCAGACUCGGGUUCCAUUUGGCUGCUUGUUUACUAAGUAUUUCAGAAGCCAGAAGAAAAUACAUUGUUGAGAACAUAGCAAAAGCAGCUCUUCUUGAAAGAAAUGGGCAGAAAUAUCCUGAAGUAUCAAUGUUCAGUAUAUCAUUUUCUGAUCAAGACUACAUCAGAUCAGUCAUUACAGUAACAGCGUCUAUUAAUGAGUUAGAAAAUCUGAAACAGCUGUGAGUUCCUGAAGGUUUAGCCUAUGGACAGAUGCAGGGUGUAUCACCAGCUAUUUCUACGUGGGAGCUGGCAGAAGUAGCCAGAGUGGAUCUCUAACAACCAAGGAUUAUCAAAUUGGGUUGAGAAAAUCUGACAAAAUGAGCUAAGAAACAGCCUGACUCCUAUUAACCUUUUCUCUUAUUGGCCUCUUAAAAAAACAAACUGACCGUCUGUGGGAAUGUUUCGGCAGUACUUUUCUUUUCGUCUGACCACAAAGUGGACAUUGUAUGGAGUGUGGCUUCCUUGCUUGUCUAACCUCUGGCUCCUGUCAGAGGGCUUUGCCCGUGGCUUGUGCCAGUUGCAAAUAGGACCGAAUCGAUGUGGGCAAAUAGAUUUUACAGUUCAUCAA